AUGCAAGGCAGCCUCAACUAUCUUGACCCACAAAUUUUUAUUGUCCUUAGCCCACAACUUGAAGAAGCGAAGUUAUGUGACGGAAUCACGGAACUUCAACUGCAGAACUAUCUAGUACCCUCGCUGCCUCUUUCCUGUCUGGUGGAUGACGAUUUUAUCGCUGGCUUUUGUCAUAGAGGUAUCGUGGAUAUCAUUCCUUUGGCUCAUCACAAUGAUCUGGAGGUCUUUGUUAGGAAAAACAUGCUGACCAUCAAUAUGUCAGCUUCUGUCUACUCCGCUUUUGGACUGGCAGGUGUCAAGUUCAUGUGCAACAACCGAAAGAUGUACCACUUCAACAUUCACCUGGGUUGGCCAACCUUCAAGCGCAAUGACAAUGCGCAUAUGCGACUGCGCAACUUCUUCAACAGUGAGGAGGUCACCUCUCGACGCCCGCCCGGUCCUUGUGUAGUGCGCUGGGCGGUGAACAAAAAUAUUGACUGGACGCGAGUUGAGAACGGCGGGUUGCCGGAGGCACCGCACCCCUACUCCUUGGCCCGUUUUCUGGCUCCCGACUUCCGCAUUGCCAUCCCCACAGUAGAAGUGUGUAACCUAGAGGCCGGAGCUGAAGUCCCACGAUUUAUCGAAGCAAACUCCUCCGUCGAUCAUCCAUCGGGCUCCUCAGUUGAUCAUGAGUCUGCUCGCAUCGCGCACUCCACUCUUCAACAGAUGGCCGCCGGUGUCUAUCCUGCAAAUGACAGUUACUUGUCCCCCCUGUCUUCGCGUCGUGUGUCGGCUUUUGCGCCGGGCGAGGCGAUUUGUCUGCGGGGCGCAACAAUCCUCACCAUUUCUGGGAUCUUCACUUUAGAGCAAUGCCAAAAGUUGGAGGAUCUACUAACUGAGGUGGUGCGCACCAGCCCGUCAGAGAACUCGGUGGCUUUUUUCGCAAGCCGUCAGAUCGAGUCGGAUUGGUUCCCCUCAAUUACGGAGAAGAAGAAGGAUGGCCACUCCCCGGUCUUCUUCCAAAAGCUCCUGGCUCCUGUCUUUACGGCCAGUCGACCCUACGUGCUGACGCUCAACUUUGUACCUGAGUUGACCUGCGAGAUCAAGGAGUAG